CUUGCACAUGCGCAGGCAGGCUGCUUUGGCAUCAUGGCGCGGAAACGGCGGAUUCCAGAGUUUCCCCUGUUUCUACUGUUAGUGUCUGUAGCGUUUCUGCAUUUAUUUACCUGCCCGUUCACUAAAGUGGAGGAGAGCUUUAACCUGCAGGCAGCUCAUGACCUCCUGUAUCACAGAGCUGAGCUAGAGAAGUAUGAUCAUCAUGAGUUCCCGGGAGUGGUUCCCCGCACGUUUCUUGGCCCUCUGUUUAUAUCUGUGCUCAGCUCCCCCAUGGCAGGUUUACUUUCCCUGAUAGAGGCUCCAAAGUUUUACACACAGAUUAUUGUGCGGGCUGUUCUGGGCGUGUGUGUGUGCCUGUCUCUCUGGCACAUGCAGAAAGAGGUGAGGAGACAGUUUGGAUCGCUGGUCGCUGGCCUUUUCUGUCUGAUCUGCGCUUCACAGUUCCACCUGAUGUUCUACAGCACGAGGACUCUUCCUAAUGUAUUUGCUCUGCCUAUAGUUUUGCUGGCCUUCACGUCCUGGAUGGCUCAGAAACACGGCUCUUUCAUCUGGCUCUCUGCUUUCGUUAUCACCGUGUUCCGCUCAGAGCUGUGUCUUCUGCAGGGACUCAUGCUGCUAAUGUCUCUGCUAUCCAGGAGACUCAGUGUUCCUCGGCUGCUGUAUUAUGCUGUACCUGCUGGGAUUUUGUCUCUGGGUCUCACUGUCUGUGUUGACUCUGUUUUCUGGAAGAAGCUUCUGUGGCCUGAAGGCCAGGUCCUCUGGUACAAUACCAUCUUAAACAAAAGCUCCAACUGGGGAACCUCUCCCUUCCUCUGGUACGUUUACUCCGCGGUUCCUCGAGCCCUUGGUGCUACAAUCGUCUUUGUCCCAUUUGGUCUUUUGGACAGACGAAUGAGGACGCUGCUGCUACCCACUGUGGGCUUCAUCCUGCUGUACUCCCUCCUGCCACACAAGGAGCUUCGCUUCAUCAUCUACACUUUCCCCAUCUUCAAUAUAGUGGCAGCUCGGGGCUGUUCAUUCAUUUUGAACAACUACCAGAAGUCAUGGCUGUAUAAAAUUGCGUCUCUGGUUGUAAUGGGACAUUUGGUGGCUAAUGGAGUGUACUCUGGUGUUUCAUUGUACGUUUCCCAUCAUAAUUACCCAGGAGGCAAAGGCAUUCAGGAACUGCACUCGUUAGUACCAGCCAAUUCAGAUGUUUCUGUACACAUUGAUGUAUAUGCUGCACAGACAGGAGUCUCUCGCUUCUUGGAGCUGAAUAGUAAAUGGAGAUAUGACAAGAGAGAAGAUCUGGCACCAGGAGAUCCACUCAUGAAGGCUUACUCACAUAUACUGAUGGAAGCAAACCCUGAUCAGAUCUCACUACUCAGUGGCUCUCACCGAGCUGUUCUCUUUGUACAGGGAUAUGAAGGAAUGACAGUCAAUGUAUCCCUGUUUCCACCACUCAGCAUAAAACUGAACAAUAAGCUUGUGCUACUUGAGAGACUGCCACGUUCUCCACACAGCUGAUGGAUCUUUGCUUCUUCCAUGUCUUUUCUUACCAAAUAUGUUUUGGAAAAAAAAAAAACAAUCAGGGGACCAAUUUUGUAUACAUUAAUACAAAAAGGUGAAAUGGUUGUUGUUCUUCUGUAGACCGUGGUGCUAAAGUUUUCUAAUGCGUUUACACACACUUCAUAAUCAUAUUACUGAGUCAGGCAAUAAGCAGAUUUUUAGCUUUGCAGCCAGCCAAAAAUCUUACUGAAUAAAAACACAAAUACCCUAA